AUGAACGAGUGGUGCUGUGUGAGAGAGAAGCAAACAAAACAAAGUAUUAGACCUAAUCAUCACAAGCCUACAGGAGAUCCAAUGAAAGAUGCUGCUACCUCGAGCACUAAUGUAAACAUGGACGGAGGAAUCAAGAGAACCCUCCUCAUCGGUGAUUCAAUCAUAAAGCACAUUAAUGAGAAAGGGCUUUUAAACACCAAGGUAAAGUGCAUUCCAGGAGCAAAAAUCAACGACAUAAGCAAAUCCAUUAUGGAAGCUGGCCCAGAGAAUUUUGAGGCCAUAGUCAUACAUGGAGGAACAAAUGACUGUUCACUUGAUGAUGCUCAUCUACAGCAAGCAACCGCAAACUUCACCAGCCUAAUCAAGGAAGUUAAGACAAAAGCCCCGCAUACCAAAUUAGUCAUAUCUACUGUAUGUCCACGAGCUGAUAACGAGGUAUUUCAACAUCGAGUCGAUCAACUUAAUUUUCAUCUGAAGGAAGUGGCCAGCACCGACGAAACCAAAUGCGCGAUUGCUGAUAACGACCUAUCGUUUAAAUUAUCGAACAACAAAUGUGAAAUGUCUACCUUAAACCGUAGUAAACUUCACUUAAGUAAUCAUGGAACCAAACGACUGUUAAAUAAUAUCAACGAAAUCCAUGAAAUCGUAAAUUUCAAGCCAGCUAACAAACAGGGCAAGAAUGAACUCCACUCGCGUUUCCGUUCUCAACCAAAGAAAGCAUCCCGAUGUAAUCAUUUGUUCCUGAUGCCAUUCACAAAAACAACUCAAUUAUUAAACGUGUGUAAUACCUUGCUUGCUGACUUAUGA